AUUUGAUUGAUAUCAUUGGCAAAACACCGUAAUCAUACCGUUAAUAAAUAUCCAAAAAUAAUAUUUAAUAAAAAUGGAAGUAAAAUUUUUGCUAUCAUUUUUGUUGAUGAUUGUUGGAUCAUUUGGUAAUCAACUUAAAUUAUACAAUAAUUGUCCGUUUACUGUCUGGCCUGCCAUACAAGGUAAUCCAGGAAAGGCACAUCUUGAAGGUGGUGGUUUCCAAUUGGGACAAUAUGAAGCAAAGUUUAUAAAUACACCUGGUGAUUGGGCAGGCAGAAUUUGGGCAAGAACAAAUUGUGAUGGAUCAGGAAGAUGUGAAACAGGUGAUUGUGGAAAUAAAAUACAAUGUAAUGGAGCUGGUGGUGUACCACCAGCAUCACUUGCUGAAGUGACUUUGAAAGGUGCUGAUGGACUUGAUUUCUAUGACAUCUCUCUCGUUGAUGGUUACAAUCUACCAAUUAGAAUGACACCAACUGGUGGAUAUGUUAAUUCAGGAAAUGGUCAAUAUGAUUGCAAAGCAGCUGGAUGUUAUGCUGAUUUGAAUGCACAGUGUCCAAAUGAAUUAGCUAUUAGAAAUUCAGGUGGUUCGACUGUUGCAUGUAAAAGUGCUUGUGCAGCUUUUAAUACUGAUCAGUACUGUUGUCGUGGUGCUCAUAAUACUCCACAAACAUGUAGAAGUUCUGAUUGGCCAGUCAAUUACCCGGCAAUAUUCAAAUCAGCUUGUCCUGACGCGUACAGCUACGCCUAUGAUGACACAACUAGUACAUUUACUUGUCGUGGAAGUCCAGAUACAAGUUAUGACAUUGUUUUUUGUCCAUAAAACUUUUUUACAAAGUUAAAUAUUUUUUUUUUUGACUAUAAAUCAAUUAUCAAAAAACAAGAAUAUAUUGUAUCAUUUCUAAUAUGAAUCGA